AUGCGUGAGCUUUGGAAACACGAUGUCCACUGGAACGACCCAUUGCCAAACGACGUAAACGCUGCUUGGACGAAGUGGCGUAAACAACUACCCGAGAUUGUCAAGUAUGCCAUACCUCGUUACUAUUUCAGAAAUGGUGCACCUCUAGUACUUCAACUCCACAUAUUUGUUAAUGCUAGUGAAGAUGCCUUCGCCGCCGUUGCUUAUAUUCGAUCUCAAUCUAUGUCUGGUGAAUUUGAUGUUGCAUUCGUUUGUGCCAAGACAAAAUGUGCGCCAAUAAAAACCCUUACAGUGCCACGCCUCGAACUUCAGGCAGCGGUUUUGGGCACUCGUCUUAUGCAGUGUAUCCGCGACGAACAUUCUCUAAACAUCAAAGAUUGUAUCCUUUGGAGUGACUUAAAAACGGUCAUCAAAUGGAUACAGAGUGAACAUCGUCGUUACAAGCCUUUCGUUCAGCAUAGGAUAGCAGAGAUAUUGGCUUCUACAAGCAUAUCAAAUUGGAGAUGGAUACCCACUAAGCACAAUGUAGCCGAUGAAGCGACGCGAGCAAAUGAUUGUAUCAAUUUUAAUCCAACAGCACGUUGGUCACGGGGGCCUCCGUUCUUACGCCAGAACGAGCAAGCCUGGCCUUCUGAAGACAUAACAGUUUCUGGAAAUGAUGAACCUGAUGAAGAGCUCCGGCCCAAAUUCGCUUUAGUCAUCGUGAAUUUACAAAAGAUUGUGUCCAAUGUGCCCACAGAACACAUAAAAGUCAAAAAAAUUCCAGAGAAUAUAAAACUGGCCGACCCCUCAUUUGGUGUUCCGGGUAAAAUUGAUUUACUUUUAGGUGCGGACAUAUUCUUUGAUUUGUUAAAAGAAGAGAAAAUAUCUAUUGAAAAUGUUAAUUACAAACUGCAGAACAACAAAAAAUGUACAAUGCGUGAAGCAUUAACAACAUACAAAGCACAGGUGCCUCCAGCUCUCAAUGAGUCUUCGAUCCUCUUCUCUCAUAUUAUAAAAAAUAGACCCAAUUCACAACGUAACAAUAUCAACACAAACACAAAUAAUUCACAAGCAAACCAAGCAUUAGUUAACAACAACAACACAGAUAUCCAAGUGACAAACGACGCACCAAAACAAAAUAAGCAAAAUACAACAAAUAUAAUACAAACCCUACCAGUUUCUACUGCAACAACAGACAUUAAUAACUCUUUUGCCAACAACAAUGCAAACAACAAUUACAAUAACUCAGCAAACAAUAACAUACACGAAACUAAUUAUAACACCCAAAACUUUAUUGACUCACAAAACACAAAUACCUAA